GCUUCACCAACAUUGUUACACUGCAACGACAGCAACAGCAGCCCCCAGUAAAGCUUACUCGGUUGUAUACCUGCAACGGGCAGUUGUUUAGUUUUGCAAACCUGACAUCCCAGUCAUCCUCGAGUCUGUCCGGACCCGCACAACUAUGGAGGGGGCAGUGCUAGAUGCAUCAGAUCACCCAAUGCUCAAGGCAACUGGUCCCGCAUUUACCCUUCCGCAACCAUUACCUCCAGUCAAGGCCAAUUGUUUGGCUUUAUAUCAACCGGACGUGCUCAAAUUCCCAGGUUUCGGGAGUCGAGCCUACACUCACUGGACGGACUCAGAGCUCAACAGUAGUCCCCAAACUGAACGUGAGUCUCUCUCGGCACCCCCAACUCCUUCUCUAUCAUCGUCUGGCAUCUCUAGCAUCCAAAGCAACACGCAUGAAGCCUGUCCCACUCCAGAAGCUUCCACGAGGACCACCCGACUGCCUCUCCGGGGCAGUAAGGCCAAGCAAAAUGACUUUUUCGGUGCAUCUGAAUUUGGACGUUUGAUGCUCAUGGACUCGGAAUAUGAACCAUUUCGCACGGCAAGCAGAUCAGGUUCUAGCAUGCAAGUACCAGGACGCUAUCGGAUUGCAUAUCCCCGUGGGAAAGUCGUCGAUUGGACUCAUUGGGAACCCACAAAGUUCCAGUGCAGCUUCUGCCAGGAGAGAUUUCUCAAUGAUUUUGACCUCCGAACCCAUCUACGGACGCACAAGAGGUACCGGAGGCUCCUGAAAGAGGAAAUGGGCAACAAUGACUUGGAUUCCUCCCCUGACCCAGUGGAUGGUCCUACUCAAGCCUUGCGUGAUGCGUCCUUGGCUUCCCAGAAGAGGCCUACUCUGGAUGACAGCUGCACGCCUUUCCCAUCUGGAGACAUCUAUUCUGAGGAUACUAGGGCCCGACAGAAUAACUUGAGCGAUGGAGCUAGUGGCGUUGCAAGUCGAACCAAAUCCGAACGAGAUACACGCUCGACGUCUUCGGAUGAAAACACGGACCUGUGCGCCGACAUCUUCCAUGGCCUGGAAGGUACGACUAUUGAGAGGGCUUCAUUUCCUACAUCACCUCUGCAUGCUAAACACCCUCCCCCGCACUUGCUGCUCACAAAAAGUGGCGUGGAAGACCCAAAGAGUAGCCUUCGGAGCUACACCGAUUGCUCAGAAGACGAAAAGGAAAUGCUUGGCAGCAAAGACCUCCUUGGUUGUGAAGAUACGCCGAUUUUUGAUCUGGAGAUGGACGGAGUUCAAGGAAAUGACAACGUCGAAGGACUUCUUAUGCUGAGGUCAUCAUUGGCAUCUAUGAAGCGAAAACUGAUUAUCCAUAUCAUGGAUGAAUUUAUGGUCCUCUUGAAGCAAGAUUGGGCUGCCCGUACACGAAACCAUGGGAAUGCGCCAGGUGAGGCACCAAAUGGCACCUACCAGUCUAAACCAAGAACAUCUUCUCAAGUUUCUUCGAACAACCGACGCCGACAGUACAAUGGAGAGGACAAUGAUAACGGAGGACCCGGUGACGGUGAUGGUGACGGUGAUGACGAUGAUCAGAGAGCACCUAAAAGGGUUAGAGCUUCUUCAUUUCCGGCAAACGACAACGCCAAAUUUGCCUGUCCUUAUCGAAAGUACGACCCUCGAAAAUACUGUGUCCAAAAUUGGCGUCCUUGUGCUCUCACCCCUCUUGAAAACGUAGCUCGGGUAAAAGCGCAUUUAUACCGGCAUCAUCGUAUAUUCCAAUGCAAGAGGUGCAAACACCUCUUCCUGAACCAGAGCGUGCUCGAUGAGCACAUUUUGGCUCUGGAGGGCUGUAUCCCCAAUCGAAUAAAUCUUGCAGAAGGCAUCACCGCGGAGACCGAAAAAAGGCUGCGAAGCAGGAAGAAGACGUAUCCAUAUCAGACGGAAGCUGAUCGCUGGGAAGAGAUCUAUCGAAUGUUAUUCAGCACACCAAUCAUACCUAGCCCUU